AUGCCCCGCAUCGAUGCGGACCUCAAGCUGGACUUCAAGGAUGUCCUCCUGCGGCCCAAGCGCAGCAGCCUCAAGAGCCGAGCUGAGGUGGACCUGGAGCGGACCUUCACAUUUCGAAACUCCAAGCAGACCUACUCAGGGAUUCCCAUCAUUGUGGCCAACAUGGACACCGUGGGGACAUUUGAGAUGGCAGCAGUGAUGUCACAGCACUCCAUGUUUACAGCGGUUCACAAGCAUUACACCCUGGACGACUGGAAGCAUUUCGCCGCAGAUCACCCAGAAUGCCUGCAGCACGUGGCCGUGAGCUCCGGCAGCGGGAAGAAGGACCUGGAGAAGAUGAGCAGCAUCCUGGAAGCGGUGCCACAGGUGAAGUUUAUUUGCCUGGAUGUGGCCAAUGGCUAUUCAGAGCACUUCGUGGAAUUCGUGAAGCUGGUCCGCGCCAGAUUCCCUGAGCACACCAUUAUGGCAGGGAACGUGGUGACAGGGGAGAUGGUGGAAGAGCUGAUUCUUUCCGGAGCAGAUAUAAUCAAAGUGGGAGUUGGACCAGGUUCCGUGUGCACCACCCGCACCAAGACCGGGGUGGGCUACCCCCAGCUGAGUGCCGUGAUUGAAUGCGCAGACUCUGCCCACGGCCUGAAGGGGCACAUCAUCUCUGAUGGAGGCUGCACGUGUCCAGGAGAUGUCGCCAAAGCCUUUGGAGCCGGAGCAGACUUCGUCAUGCUCGGAGGCAUGUUCUCGGGCCAUGCCGAGUGUGCCGGGGAGCUGAUCGAGAGGGACGGGCAGAAGCUCAAGCUCUUCUACGGGAUGAGCUCUGAAACAGCCAUGAAGAAACACGCAGGAGGGGUGGCCGAGUACAGAGCGUCGGAGGGCAAGACGGUGGAAGUGCCUUACCGAGGAAACGUAGAACACACGAUCCUGGAUAUCCUGGGGGGACUGAGGUCCACCUGCACCUACGUGGGGGCCGCCAAACUCAAAGAGCUCAGCAAGAGGACGACGUUCAUCCGGGUGACCCAGCAGCACAACACAGUGUUCGGCUAG